AUAAUAUUCCAAGCCCAAACAGUUUUCUUGUCCAAAAUUCUCCAGCCUACGCAUCACUCUCUCUCUCUCUCGCUCGCUCGCUCAAGAUCUUCUACUACAAAACGAGCACCUGCCUCUCUCUGAGCUCCCCGAUCUGGAUGCUUCUCUCCUUCACAUUCCGAGCAAUUCUGAUCUCCCAUUCACCAAUUCGCGAUGGCUUUCAUGGCGGUUUUGGAGUCAGAUCUUCGCGCUCUCUCCGCCGAGGCUCGCCGUCGCUACCCUGCUGUCAAAGACGGCGCUGAGCACGCAAUUAUAAAGCUCCGUUCUUUGUCAAGCCCUGGUGAGAUUGCGCAGAAUGAGGACAUAUUGAGAAUCUUCCUGAUGGCUUGUGAGGUUAAAACUGUGAAGUUGAGUGUUAUUGGACUCUCGUGUCUACAGAAGCUUAUAUCUCAUGAUGCUGUUGCUUCAUCAGCUCUGCACGAGAUACUUUGUACAUUGAAGGAUCAUGCUGAAAUGACCGAUGAGAGUGUUCAACUUAAGACCCUGCAGACUGUAUUGAUAAUAUUGCAGUCACCUUUACACCCUCAGAAUGAGGACGAUAUGGCUCAAGCUCUUGGUAUAUGCCUUCGGCUUCUCGAAAAUAGGUCCCCUGACAGUGUGCGCAAUACUGCUGCAGCUACUUUCAGGCAAGCUGUAGCACUGAUUUUUGAUCAUGUGGUUUGCGCUGAGACUCUUCCUGCCGGCAAGCUUAGUUCUGGAGGUUACAUCUCUCGGACCAGUCCAGUUAGUGGUGAUGUUAGUUGCAGCAUAAAUCUUUCAGAGUCUUUGGAUGGAUCUGUUUCUGGACAGUCAUCAUUGAUGAGGGAGACACUAACUAAAGCUGGAAAGCUUGGGCUUCGUCUGCUUGAAGACCUGACAGCUCUUGCUGCAGGUGGAUCUGCAAUCUGGUUACGUGUCAGUUCUCUACAGCGGUCCUUUGCACUUGACAUACUGGAGUUUGUUCUGUCCAACUAUGUGGCUGUUUUCCGAACCUUGCUUCCUUAUGAGCAGGUCCUGCGUUACCAGAUAUGUUCAAUUCUAAUGACCUCACUUCGUACAAAUGCGGAGCUUGAAGGGGAAGCAGGAGAGCCGUCAUUUCGACGCUUGGUCUUGCGGUCAGUUGCCCAUAUCAUCCGGCUUUACAGUUCAUCCCUUAUCACUGAAUGUGAGGUCUUCCUUAGUAUGUUGGUGAAGGUCACAUUUCUUGAUUUGCCAUUAUGGCAUCGUAUUCUUGUUCUUGAGAUCCUGAGGGGCUUUUGUGUGGAGGCAAGGACAUUGCGGAUUCUUUUCCGAAACUUUGAUAUGAAUCCCAAGAACACCAACGUUGUGGAGGGCAUGGUGAAAGCUCUUGCUAGAGUAGUUUCAAGUGUACAGGUUCAAGAGACUAGUGAAGAGAGCCUCGCAGCUGUUGCAGGAAUGUUUAACAGCAAAGCUAAAGGAGUUGAGUGGAGCCUUGAUAAUGAUGCAUCCAAUGCUGCAGUAUUGGUUGCUAGUGAAGCUCAUUGUAUAACCUUGGCAGUCGAAGGUCUGCUCGGUGUAGUCUUCACAGUAGCUACAUUGACGGAUGAAGCAGUAGAUUCCGGAGAGAUUGAAUCCCCCAGAUGUGACUAUGAUCCACCUGCAAAGAAGACUGGAAAUGCUGCUCUUCUCUGUCUCUCAAUGGUUGAUUCAUUAUGGUUGACGAUACUAGAUGCAUUCUCCUUUAUUUUGUCAAGGUCACAAGGUGAGGCUAUUGUGUUGGAAAUACUGAAGGGAUAUCAGGCCUUCACCCAGGCAUGCGGAGUUCUUGGUGCUGUAGAACCUUUGAACUCCUUUUUAGCAUCACUUUGCAAAUUUACAAUCAUUUUCCCCGUUGAAGCAGAAAAAAGGAGCAUUACUUUACAAUCUCCUGGGUCCAAACGGUCUGAACAAGUAGUUGAUCAAAGGGAAAGUGUUGUUCUCACCCCUAAGAAUGUCCAGGCCUUAAGAACUCUCUUCAACAUUGCUCAUAGAUUACACAAUGUGUUGGGCCCAUCCUGGGUUUUGGUAUUAGAAACCCUAGCAGCCCUAGACCGCGCAAUCCAUUCUCCGCAUGCUACCACACAGGAGGUGUCCACGGCUGUGCCAAAACUUACAAGAGAAUCAUCUGGUCAAUCCAGUGACUUAAAUAUUCUUUCAUCCUUGAAUUCUCAGCUGUUUGAGAGCUCAGCACUGAUGCACAUAUCUGCAGUAAAAUCCCUUCUUUGUGCACUGGGCCAACUGUCACAGCAAUGCAUGGCUGGGAUUUCAAAUGGAUCUGUACCUGCUUCAAGUCAAAAAGUUGGAAACAUAAACUUUUCAGUGGAGAGAAUGAUAUCCAUCCUAGUCAAUAAUCUACACAGAGUGGAGCCAUUGUGGGAUCAAGUUGUUGGCCACUUUCUUGAGCUUGCAGAAAAUUCUAACCAGCAUUUACGUAACAUGGCCCUUGAUGCAUUAGAUGAAUCAAUAUGUGCUGUUUUAGGUUCAGACAAGUUCCCAGACAACACAACAAGCAGAUUCAAUGGCUCAUCUCAGAGUAUGGAUACUGGGGUUACAGAUUUGGGAUCACUUGAGUGUGCUGUCAUAUCUCCACUAAGGGUUCUUUAUCUUUCUACUCAAAGUGUUGACUCACGUACUGGAUCUUUGAAAAUUCUUCUGCAUGUUUUAGAGAGGCAUGGGGAGAAAUUACACUACAGUUGGCCAAAUAUUCUUGAAAUGUUGAGGUCUGUAGCGGACUCUUCAGAUAAGGAACUCAUUACUCUGGGCUUUCAGUGCCUGCGGGUGAUUAUGAAUGACGGACUUUCUACUAUACCUGCAGACUGCCUUCAAGUAUGUGUAGAUGUGACUGGAGCAUACAGUGCUCAAAAGACAGAGCUGAAUAUAAGUCUGACAGCAAUAGGCCUCUUAUGGACAACAACUGACUUUAUUGUGAAAGCUCUAAUCCAUGGACCUGGGGCGGAGAAGAAAACAGGGAUUUCUGAUGUGCAUCCUAUUCUAAAGCCAUUGGAUGGCGACAUACCAAAAGAACAAACAAUCAAUGGCUCAGAUAAUGCCAAUGAGCAAGUUCCCUCAUUAACUAUAGUUGACAGUGACAGACUGCUUUUCUCUGUUUUCUCAUUACUUCAAAAGCUUGGAGCCGAUGAGAGGCCAGAGGUUAGAAAUUCAGCGGUCAGGACAUUGUUUCAGACACUUGGAAGUCACGGGCAAAAACUUUCGAAAAGCAUGUGGGAAGAUUGCCUUUGGAAUUAUGUGUUUCCUACACUCGAUCGUGCUUCUCACAUGGCUGCAACUUCAUCGAAAGAUGAAUGGCAUGGGAAAGAACUUGGAACUCGAGGAGGAAAAGCAGUUCAUAUGCUCAUACAUCACAGUCGCAACACAGCUCAGAAACAGUGGGAUGAGACGUUAGUACUUGUCCUUGGUGGCGUAGCCCGUAUUCUACGCUCAUUCUUUCCUUUUCUUAGAAGUUUAAGCAAUUUUUGGUCAGGAUGGGAGUCUUUGCUUUUAUUUGUGAAGAAUAGUGUAUUAAAUGGAAGCAAAGAGGUUGCGCUUGCUGCAAUAAAUUGCUUACAGACACCUAUUCUUUCUCAUUCUUCCAAGGGGAACUUGCCGAUGCCUUAUCUUGAAUCAGUACUUGAUGUUUACGAGCUUGUUCUUCAAAAUUCAACAAACCUGAGUGGAAAUGCAGCCAGCAAGGUGAAGCAGGAGAUUUUGCAGAGUCUUGGGGAACUAUAUGUGCAAGCACAAAGGAUGUUUGAUGAUCGGUUGUAUACACAGUUGCUUGCAGUCAUACGCUUGGCUAUGAAAGAUGCCAUAGUUGCCAACGAUAACUGUGAAACUGAAUAUGGAAAUGUUCCACCUGUACUACGUACUGUGCUCGAGAUCAUUCCAAUGUUAUGUCCAACAGAGCACAUUUCUUCAAUGUGGCUUAUUCUUCUUCGGGAUUUUUCUCAAUUUCUGCCAAGAUUGAAUUCUACCGUACAAAUUGAGGAAGAUGAAGCAGAGGAAGCUAGCACUAGUGACCGAGUUCCAGAUACUCACUUGAAAAUAAAACAUGAAAGACCUAAUGGGACGGCUUCGAUGACUCCAGGAGUAGGAGAUUCUCCUAGUUCUAGAUUAAAGACAUCCGUAACAGCCAGCAUUCCUAAUUAUAUGUUUGCGGAAAAGCUUGUUCCCUUGUUGGUAGAUCUUUUCCUACGGGCUCCAGUAGUUGAAAAGUAUAUCUUGUAUCCUGAAAUUAUUCAAAGUCUUGGGAGGUGUAUGACUACAAGAAGAGACAAUCCAGAUGGUUCUCUUUGGAGAUUAGCUGUCGAAGGCUUCAAUCGCAUUCUUGUUGAUGAUGCCAGCAACUCCACUGUAAAUGCUGGAUCAGAUUCAGGUGCUAGUAAGCCUGCAAGAACACGUAUAUGGAAGGAAGUUGCCGAUGUUUAUGAAGUAUUCCUUGUGGGUUAUUGUGGCCGAGCUCUUCCUUCUGAUUCCUUCUCAACAGUGGAUGUAAAAGCUGACGAGUCCCUUGAGAUGACUAUCUUGCACAUUCUUGGCGACAAGAUUUUGAAGUCACCAAUUGAUGCACCUACCGAUAUUUUGCAGCGUCUCGUUUCCACUUUGGACCGUUGUGCUUCACGUACUGGUUCUUUACCUGUUGAUUUUGUGGAACGUAUGCCUUCCCACUGCAGCAGGUUUUCCUUGAUUUGCUUACAGAAGUUGUUUUCCUUGAGCAGUUAUGACACCAAAGACCAUGAUUGGAAUUCAGCGAGAGCUGAGGUGAGUAAAAUUGCAAUCAUGAUACUGAUGAUGAGAUGUGAAUACAUCUUAAGCAGAUUUCUGAAUGACGAAAAUGAUUUAGAUUGUACACCUUUCAGCCAUCCAACUAUUCCUGCAGGUGGACGCCCAUUGCCAGCAGCAAGACUUGAAGAAAUCAUAUAUGUUCUUGAAGAGUUGGGCCGACUAGUAAUUCAUUCAGAUACUGCAUCCAUUCUUCCCUUGCAACCAUAUUUGAAAGGUGCUCUAUCAAGAGACAAGAAUCACGAUGACCGUUCGCACCUUCUUGUUCUAUUUCCAUCCUUUUCUGAGCUCAUAGUGUCAAGAGAAGCAAAAGUAAGAGCAUUGGUUCAAGUCUUGUUUAGACUCAUCAGCAAAGAAUUGUCACUUGAAAGAGUUUCCCUUACCAGUCAAGCUGUGGAAGAAUCUCAAAGGAUACCGCAGUCCUAAUUUAGUUCCAUGAUCUACAAUGGUUUACUUUGUUCAAUACAAGGUUUCUUGAGGAUUUUUUUUCCUCCUCGAUUUUUCAGUUAUAUAGUCUGUGUACAUUAUGUUAAAUUUGUUGUAUGAAAAUAGUUACCUCAGCAUGAUGUGUUGAGGAACCAAAUUUUUGAUUCUUUGGUGUAAAGGCUGUAAAGAGUUCUCUUUAUAGAAACCACUAAAAGGGCAAUGCCAAGCCUUGCGUCCUGGCGAGAUUGUGUUGAAUGCGUCACUGUUUGAGUCUGAACAUGAUGAAUCACAACAAUUGCAUAUGUAUAAUGUUCACAUUAGGCUGAAUUACUUCA